CUUUGAACUUCCUAUUGUUAUUUUUCAUGUUUUAAAAAUUAUCUAACCUAUUCUAUGUUCACGUGAUUACAGGAAAAUGACGUAUAAUUUAUUUCCUUAUUUUUUAACAGUUAAUGGUUGUAUGUUUGAUUUCAUUCAAGGGUAUGGCUACCUCGUUUGAAAAUUGUUGUAUUUGUGAAUUGCGACAUAUUUCGAAGCUUUCUGUUGUUUGGUGCUCUGAUUGUAACGAAGGAUUGUGCCAAGAAUGCAGAGAACAUCAUAGUUUUUCUAAGGCCUCACGAAACCACACUGUUUUUCCUAUUGGUAAAUAUGAAACGCUGCCAGCUUUUAUUGAAAACAUAAAACUGCACUGCGAUGAGCACGAUGAAAAAUAUUUAUUGUUUUGCAAAGAACAUAACGAAUGUGCUUGUAGAAAAUGUGUUAUUUCAGAAAAGCACAGAAAAUGCAAAGAAAUAUCCCCCCUUGCAGAUGUCGUUAAAAAUGUUAAAACAUCUGUAGCUUUUACAGAAAUCGUGUCCUCACUUCAGGAAAUGAAGGGGAACGUUGCUCUUAUUCUGGAAGACAGACGAAUGAAUAUGUAUUCAAUAGAGAGAAUCGAAUCCGAGAUUUCUGUGACUCGACAGCAGAUUAAUCACCAUCUUGAUAAAUUACAAGACCAUUUUGUUGCUGAACUGACCAAAGCUGUAGAAAAUUCAACUAAAGAAAUACAGAGCUUCAUUAUGGCCUUGACUACAAACCAAAGGGAUAUCGAGGAAUGGAUACAAGAUGUAGAAAGCAUCAAGAAACAUGCAACAGAUAUGCAAACAUUUUUAGGAAUAACGAAUUUAGAAACCAAACUAAAUAAAACAAGUAACGACUUGCAGUCUUGGAUUGACGGUAACCAUUUGUCUCAAACUGUAGUUUCUUACCACUUGAACACUUUAUUGCAUAAUAUAAUCAACGAAAGAACUAAGUUUGGAAAAUUUGACGUGCAUGUCAUGCCUAGUAAAUUAUCAUUAAAAAGACGGAUGCUUGGUCAGGCUCAAAUCAUAAAAGAGAAUGCAAAAUCUACAAGUUCUUUAGAGCAUAUGACACUGGAAUUAAAAACAAAAAUGAACACAAAUGCUUUCAAUGUGUCAGGCUGUUGUAUUUUGCCAAAUGGAAACUUCAUAGUGUCAAAUUAUGAUCCUUCGUAUUUGAUAUUGAUUGCAGCUGACGGAAAAACAGAGAAUAAAAUUAGCAGCAUCAUGCAAACAAUCAUUGAUGUUACAUGUGUUGACAAUGAAACUGUUGCCGUAAUAUCAUAUACACAGAAAAAUAUUGAACUAAUUAGUCUGAAAUCUGGGAAAACAAUCAAAAAUAUCAGUACGUCUGACCCUGCUCUUUGCUUAAUUUACACUGAAGGUACCUUCAUAGUAUGCCUCGAGAACGGACAAAUGAAAGAAUUCCGGUUGGAAGAUAACAAGACAGAUGAUAUUGUCAGUACGGUGGUGUCAAGAAGUAUUACCGAAUUAAACAACACUCUUUACUCUGUAAAGAAAGAUACGAAUACGAUUGUUUGUCAUAAAAGAAACGGGGAUAUUGUAUGGACAUUUACGGACGAAAAGGUUCUAAAAAAACCAAGAGGUAUCGCAGUAGAUGAAUACGGAAAUGCCAUCGUAGCCGGGGUCGAAUCAAACAACGUUAUUGUGAUAUCCGCUGAUGGCACAAAGCACAAAAUACUCCUGUCGCAAACAGACUUAUGUGGUUCUCCUUGGGCAGUUUCCUUCAACAACAAAUUCAAAUAUUUGCUUGUUUCUAACGACAAAGAUGGUCGAGCAUUUCUGUACAGCGUUAAUUAUUCAUAAAAUUAACCUCAUCCUUUUUUUGUUUUAUUGAAGGCUAUUUUGAAAAAAAAACAGUAUGUUUCAUUUUCUAUUCUAGUUUAUAGGAAUUACGUGACAUUCCGUUUUAAUAAAGUUUCCUUUCAUUUCUUCAGAGAUUUAAGACUUUAUUAUUUGUACUUCAUACGAAAUGCCUGCAAUUCUUUUUCUUAAAAGUUCAAAGCACAGUUUCUUCAGCAUAAUAGCAAGAACAUUAUCCCAUUAACAAAUUAUUGAUAACUCAUUUAUUUAAACACUUGUGUAUUUGUCAUCACAGCAGAAAAUCUUCUGAUUACCACAAUAUGUAAAUGACUGACCAGAAAUUACCACAUGUGUACUAUUUAUUGUAAAAGUGUUGUUCCACACGAAAAGAUUGUUAUCAGAAUCAGCUAGUGGCAAAAUCUUCUGACUUUUGAAUUUUAUAUACACAAGACACCCCACCCCUUUUUUUUUUUUUAAGUUUUCGCAAUGCAAAUAUUUGAAAACAGAGUAUUUGUGUUUAGUUUUUUAUUCUUAUAUUUAAUGAUCUGCAAUAUAAAUAUGAAUAAGGAAUGACUGAUUUUGUAAAAUAAUUUUUGUAUACUGGAAUAAAACUCGAGAAGCUAUUGAAUUUAAUGUUAUCGUAGCACAGGCACACUUUGAAAAUGUUUUGUAUAAAUAAUGGUGUCAAAAAUCCAACACAAGUUUUGAAAAUUAAAGUAGUUCAAAAUUCACUACAAAAAGAUGUCUUACACCCAAAAAAUCUUGACAUUUUUAAUAUUUCCAGUUUUACAAUUUUCUAUGUGUCUAGCCUGCAACUAAAAUCGCCAAAUCUAGACAUAACAAUCCUUCUAUGGGGAACGGAUUUAUUUAAGUUCUUGUUUCGCAAUCCCUGUAUUUCUAUUGCAUGAUUGUAAUGUGUGCACUUUUGAAAAAUAAAAUAUUGUUU